UUUACUGUUUGAUUCCAAAAUUGAGUUGGUUAAAAAUAAAAGCCAGUUGGGAGUUAUGCGCUAUCUACCAGAAAGUAGUUUAACUGUUUAGAUAUUGAACAACUACUGGAGAAUUCUGUUUUGUCAAGCAAUAGAAAAAUAGGAUGAAUACCCUGGAGAAUCUUUUAAAUGAAACAAAAAAUAUUGAAUCAUUGAAUAAAAGCGCUGUAUCGAAGUUAAAUAAUCUCAUCAAUAAUUUGAAGACUCAAAAACAAAAGCAGAAUGAGUAUGAAGUUCAAAUUGAUCAAUUUAAGCAAGGUAAUGAGUUUUACCAGGCUCAAGUAAAGAAGUUGAGUGGAAGAUUGAAGUCAAAAAAGAAAAUUUACACACAGUUUGAUCUUGCCAGAAACGUUUUUAAGAGGCUCAUUGAACAAUACGAAGAAAUAUUGAAACCACAGGAUAUGUUUGACGUAAUAAACAAUGAGAAAUCUGUAAACAAAGAACAACACAAUCUGGCAAAUGAAAUUCAACAUCGUCAUAUGAAUAUUAAUAAGAGUCUACAGGAAAUUACCGUCUGUUUGAAAACGAUGACUACUACAUUAGAAUAAUUGUGAUUUUUUAGUUAUUAAUUAAAUUGUUAAAUUAAA